AUGCAAUCAUUUUACCCGUUUUGGAGAUCAAACUUCAGAGUUAACAUAAUCAGCGACAGCAGAAAGCAAGCAAACAUAUCACAUCUCAAUGUUUCUGACUUCAUGAAUAUUUUAUACAAAACAUUAGUUUCGAAAACUAUGGAAAUUUCAAUCAGUAUGGAUAUUGUAAAUGAAAUGGAAUUUUAUUUUGUUUUCUUCCCUAGAAUUUCAACAAAUCCCAUGACUGCUUUUCACCUGCAAGCUACUAGUAAAUAUUUGGCUCUUUCAUUACCAUAA